AGAGGCUUCACAAUACAAAGUCAGUCAUGGCCGGGUCAGUUCGUGCGACGCUCCUGGGUCUCCUCAUACAGAUCCUGUGCAAUGGGCUGGCUGGUCAGCAGCUGCUCCUCACACGUCCCCAAAGGAGCCUGUUCGAGGAUCCGCUGGGUCACGUAGAGCAAGUGACACAAGUGGAGCACCUGCCCUCUUUGGGCUGGAGUGGUGUUGGCGGUGGACUCGGAGUGGGCGAGUGGCCCUAUAGCCCCGUUGGUCUUGGCCACAUGAGUAAGGAUGAGCUGCUGACCCUGCUGGAAGCCUGGAAGGAGGUGGAGGAGGAAUCGGCUACGACAACGACUGCGCCGCCAGCGGAUGCCACCACACGUAGACCUCCUCCGCCUCCACUGCCACCACCACCACCUCCUCCCCCCCGACCCAUACCCGUCUCGGUUGCAAUGCCUGCACCUGCUCUUCCGCCCUCCGGCACUCCCAUUACAGUGCGACUCCCAGCCUUUGUGCCUGUGCGUCUGGCUGCCGUGUUUACUCCGCCUGCCAGUGGACAAGCUGGUAGUGCUGCUUCGUCUGCCAACGAAGUCGGAGAGGCUGGAGGAGAUGAUUUGGCCACCGAGGAAGUGCCAGAUGACGGCGUCACUACCCGGCUCUUUCGCUUUUUACCCAUGCCAGGAGCUCGAACCAGACCGCAAUCCAAUUCACAGCCCAGGCAGCAGUUUGUGGUGAGGAACACCCUGGACAGCGUGGAUGCAGGCACUGCCCCUGUCAGGCAGCAGGUUAAACCAGAAGUCCAGCCCAAGGCGAUUGCUCCGCCUUCCACUCCCAAGUUCCCUGGCUACCCAACUCCCUCCUUUCGUCCCAGAUUUGGUGUGCCACCGAGUCUGGCCAACGCUCGAUUCGAGCUGGUGCCCUCUUCCCAAAUCAUCGGCGACUGGCGGGUGUGAGCCUGUGCAGCACCCGACUGAUCACGAUUGCACUGACCAAAACGGAGUACCUUCCGGGGAACCAACCAGGAUCGAGGUUUCGAAGGAGGCUGUCUGGCUAGGGAUCCCACUAACCCUUAUGUAUUUUAUUUUAUUGUAUAAUAUUAUUUUUUUGUGCCCAAAUACAAUAUGCAAUCAGUCAUAGAUUAGCGACAUAUAA